AAAAAAAAAACAACAGCCGUAUAUCCAUACCCAACAUUUCCACCAUGGACGGACCAACUAUUCGGGAUUAUAUUGAUGCUCGAAAGAAGAACGGCAUGAGCUGGGAAGAAUUCCGUAAAUUGAAAGAAGCCAGAGAAGGUCCUGGUGUAUCAGAAGCGGCCAUGGCAAAAUAUCGCCAACAGUUGGACGCGGAAAGAGAAGCCAAACUCGCUGGGAAAAAACGAUCAAAACAUGACAGUAAAAAGAAGAAAAAAAAGUCCAAACAUCGAAAGAAGCAUCAUCAUCGUCACAGCAGCAGUGACACGGACAGCAGCGAGUCAUCCUCCAGUGAGGAUGAACGAGACUCGCAUCAUCGUCAUCAUCGUUCAUCGCGUAGUCGACGUAGAAGUCGAUCUCACGACGAUAGAAGUCAUUCUCGACGUUCAAAACACCGAAGCGCAUCAAGGUCACCUGAGGUAGGUUUUUUUGAUCACCGGAUUCCACUUUCCUGAAAAAAGUGUGGGAAGGAUGCUAACUCGAAAGUCACUUUGCAGCCUUCUUCACACUCUAGUAGACGGCACCGACGACGACGAUCAUCAUCUCCUCGUGAAGACCGUUCAAGGGAGUCUAAAGAGAGAGACAGAAUACCAAACAAGGAAGAAGAACAGGAGAAAGCGAGAGAUGAAAAUGAUGAGCAAACUACCUCCGCGUCAUCAGAAACAUGAACUCCAUAGAAAGUAAUAAAACUCCAUUUUUUUUGUUUUUCGUCGAUCCAAUCUACACAGGGAG